AUGAGGCUUGAAACCGGACUCGGUGGGACGAGAAGACUAAUAGAUGCAUCGCUUGAGUGGUGGGAGGAGAAAAUAAAUGAGAAUAAAGAUUAUGCCAAAUUUAGGAACACAUAUUUGAGCAUAUUUGAUGAGAAAUAUGCUAUUUUGUUUCGGGAUUCCGUUGCCAUUGGAGAUCAGACUAUGACUCCAUUACAAUUUCAAAACAAUAGCAAUCCAAACGAAGAAAACAUGGAGGGCAAAGGAGAUAGUGAUGAAAUCAAUUUAGAUGAUGAUGAUCCUAUUUUUCCUAAACUUAAUUUUUCAUAUCCAACGGGUGAUAAAUAUUACGCUGUUGAUGUCGGAUAUCCAAAUACCAGAGGGUGGGCGUUAUUAAGAGACAUGCAUAUUAAUUACAAGUACAAGAACCAAGUGAGAAUUGUGAUAUCAUCGAUGGCGAUCCAUAACUACAUUAGAAAGGUUGGUAGGUUUGAUGAAGCGUUUAAUAGGGCACAAGAAUCCUACAAUCCCGUACGAGGUGGUACUAGUAGUGAAGUUUACGAAGAAGGUCCAAGUACACGUCGCACGAGUGAUGAUGAUUCGUAUAUGGCAGCGACAUGA